AUGCCGUUCGGGCCCGCUUCCGCUGACUCCUCGGGCUCGUAUGAUGCUUCGAAACCCCCAGUCUCUACUGCCGGUGUUUGCGCGAGAGAUCAUAGCGUAACCAAUGUAAAGCUCACAGCCUGUCCCCGGCCCUGGUGCAGGAUUUCCAGCACCGUGUGCAACAGCGAUUUUGGCGAUCUAUCGCCCAAAGUAUGCCAGAAUAUCAACUACAAAGGCGGCCAUCCCGGUUUGGCUUACAACAUCUUGACAGCGAGCACUGGCAAGCCCGGACCAAUCCACGAAGAUCAGUGCGGCAUUAAGUUCUGUAACCCUAAUUCUGUGUAUCACCAAGUAAUGGUCAAGCACUCACGCAAAGACAUAGAAAUUGGAAGAGACACAGGCCACGCCCUCAAAAUUGGUACAUUCAUUCAGAUCGUUGAGUCCCGAGGAGCCACCAAUCCUCUUCUGAAUGCUCCUUCAAAUGCUUUGGACGUUCCCCUUCCGGACAUAUCGAAUAGUUCUAGUCCUCUAGGUGAACAACGCAGUGUCCUUGAUAUGCACAUGUCAACAAACUCUUCCGCCUUAAACAUCACACAAAGGUUCCGGAAAAUGAAAGCAAUCUGUAAAGGCUUCUUCGUGACGAUGUAA